AUUCCCUGACCGACGCAGAACAAUGCCGGACCGAUAGCGAACAGCAGAGGUCACGCCUGACCGCCGCCAUGGACUUUAUAAACCGCCUCUUAGGAUCCGCGAACCUCCCAACAAAGAAACCGCCGAGGCCGCCCGCCAACGAUCCUCACACGCGUCUGGUUCGCUUCCGACGUGUCUACGGCAACGUCCUCGACCUCAUUGACCGCCCACGAAGUCAAGAAGUCGAGGGGAUUCUUCUCCGGCAAUUACAUGGCCAUGUUGACCGCGUGGCUGCCCUGUUACGAGAAGAGUCUCGCGCUCCGGUCCCGCAUAUUUGCUUCCAAUUCGCUGCUCGGAAUCGUAUCUACGCUGCUAUCGCGAGAGUAGCUACUGUCAGUCAAUAUGAGCCGAUUAUACGGGCUGCCAUCGCGGUGUUCGCUGCGCUGGUGGACAGUGAAGAGGAGGAUUUCUUGUCAAACAGCCAUUUUGCAAAGAGCCUCAUGAUGUUGGUGAGGAAAGUUGUGGACAGCGGAGAAUAUCUCAUAGACGUGGAGACGGAAACGGCGAUUCUCGAAUUGCUAUUCACCAUCUCUGCGAAGAUACGACUGCAGCCGGAGAUUCUGCCUGUUUGGUUUCAGUCUACGGUCAAGCCGGAGCAAGAGGAUGUGUUUGUUAAGGAGAAGAAGAGUUUCGUGGGGAUAACGCAGAAAGACGAUUUUCCGCUUUGCUAUCUGCUGAUUGAUCGCGUACACCAUGAAGGUCGGAUUGGUGAUUUUGCCAGGACUGGGCUGCUUUAUGUCUUCGAAGCUACUGGACGCUCUGAGGACUUGGAGGAGUGGGUGAUCAGCAGCGAUCUACCUACUCUUAUGGCCUCGGGGCUUGGGGCACUUUAUAGCCAGCUCAGUCGCGAACUGAGCAUCCUGCACGCCGACGCCGAGCUGCCUGCUGUGCUCGCUAUGAGCGACUAUGCAACUACACAUCCUCGAGCUACGGCUGAAUCUGCCUUUUCAGACAGGCAUAAAGCACACAUGGCAACUUUCCUCUCAUAUCUAGCCUUUUGGCAAGAUGUGCUAGACCACUGUCGGAGUGCGGAUGUCAAGCAGACACUACUGGAUCACUUUCAGAUCCUCUUCUUGCAGCAACUACUGUAUCCGUCACUUCUGCAAUCGAGCGACACCGAUGCUGGAAGUUCUAUUGCAGUGCUGACAUACAUGACUGCGAUGCUCGAAUCUCUUGAGUACCCCGAUCUCAUCGACAUGAUGCUUAAGUAUCUAUUAGCUAUUGAAGAGAGUAGCACACCUGUGGCAUCGACACCUCAAACACCAAAGACAGCCGACCAGCCUCCGAAGUCACCAACCACGAUCCGACGACGGCAGAGUCUGAUGCUUCUGAAUGCGCCGAAAGACCCCGAUGAGGCUGUCGAACCAGCCCUGUUUGAUCUUGUAGAUCUCAUAAAGAACAAUGUUGGAUCACGGAACAGCCAGUCUGUGUACGCCGCCUUAAAGCUUGCAUCGACUUUGAUAUUCAGGCAGAAGCCUUAUGCGAUUCAUCAUCUGGUCAAGACUCGCAAGGCGCCAGCCAAUGGCAUUGCGAGAACUGUUGGCGCUCUCGAGCUCGAGAUCGAGAAAUACAUGGAGAUCGCCUCUUCUCUGCAUAGACACUAUGCUCUGGAUGUCGCGUAUGAUCGUCUUUGCGAGGACAUGCGAUACGUGAUCGAGGCUCAAGUGCCUCUUCUCCCAGCAAACACGUCCACUGCGGACCAAGUCCAGGUUGGCGGCAUAGUGCUGACUGAGGAAGACCCUCUGAUACAACUCAUGAUCGGCCAGCUUCGCACUUUCUUCACCAACAGCAUUGAUGUUAAUCUCGAGCUCAGCCAGGCAUUCAUCUCUAUCUUGCAAUGCGUAGAGAUUCGACUGGAUCAUUGGGUGGCUAUGAAACCUUCAGCUUAUCAGUUCGACGAAAAGCCACUUCCGAACAGACCAUGGCAAGCUCACCUCGACAGUGAGGAGCAAGAGGCGUGGCAAAGUGUACAGGAGCGCUCGCGUGCGCCCAAGUGGUCACCAGAAUGCAUUCCAAGACUGUUCUCAGAGCUCCAGGCUGCUGCUUCCGAGCUUGACGCAGUCCGUGCUAAGAUCCCGAACAUGGAUCAGCUCAUUACUGGCAGGAAAGUCAUGUUGCAAGCUUCCGGAGUUGAUGCUACCGCACUAAGUGAGCCUCCGUCAGUAAUGGGCAGUCCGAUGCCGCGGAGAGCGAUGUUAGAUGUGCCCAGCGCAUUACAGAGCAGGAAUUCAAGUCGAGGGAGAGCACGCACAACUGCUACAACAUCUGCAAACGGUAGCCUGGCGCCAUCUCCGUCGCCAUCAAGAGGACUGUCUGCAGCAAGAGGAGAUGGGCGGCCGCCGCGAUCUAGCUCACUUUUCAGACCGCCUCCGCCGGAGACGCCUUCGACAACGGAUAUGCUGAUGCAGGUCAUCACUUUCUCCAGCCGCCCCUCGAGCACGAACACCUCUGAGGAAGACGAGGCGAGUGACGGUGAUGACGAGGAGAAGACUCCUGCUCGCACUGCCAGUCUCAACCACAUUUUGACGAAUAUUGUAAUUUUGCAAGAGUUCAUUCUUGAGCUUGUUGCUGUUUUACAGGUUCGCGCCGCUGUGCUUGGAGACCGUGAGGUGCAAAUUGCGGCGUGAGUGAAAAUUGAUCGGCAUGUCAAAGUUCUUGAAUGAAAGACCAGACCGUGACUGGCCCUUUCCCUGCUAGGUGAGAAGUGGCCAGACGUUGUGCUUGAUACCAAGGCUGCAGCUGCUCGGUCAAAGUGGUGAAGCGACACAAAGCUCGUUGGAGCGAGUACGAUUUGAAGACCAUCAAACACCGACACGGCCUCACAAGAAUAAAUUGAGCAUUGCUGUUCGAUCUUGCCGCUCCUGUGAAGAGCGUGAAAACCUACACUCCUCGCGACAAGACAUCAGCGACAGUGUGGAUCACGUUCUGUUCACUUGCCUUGAGAGCUGCGGUCACUCCCAAGCAAGCAAAGCUAGGCUGGGCACGCUCGGCACGCUGGCGGCCGGCUACAUCAGAUGCUGCAUGCACACGGAAGUGGUUCUUAUCUCCACGCUCUGCGAUGGCAUGCGAGAGCUGAGUUCAAGUAGCAAUUGCCUGGAAGCGCCCUCAUCAUCCUCCGACGAGAGAGAGCUGCGGAUGGCCGAAUGAGCGUGCAGUAGUCCGGGUGACUAGCCUUAUCGCUUGUCAUCAGGAAAGACAACAUCGAGUCGUCGCUGAAUCAGUUAUGACUUCUGCGACGCCGUCAAUGAGGUGCGAGGUGAGCUCUUUGACACCAUAGCGGAUCGAGCAAGGUUCCUGCAGGAACGCGGCUCGUCGGCAGAAGCCAAAGCGGAGUUCGGCCAACUGCUCAUAUAGCUAGCAUAACACGCUCUUCCACUGCCAG